GGGGGGGGGAGGGUGUUGUGAUUUUUCUGUUUUGACUCUUUAGGGAUUAUGAUUAUCGAGGAAGUGAAGGGUGGUUGUGAGGUGGAGAGAGGGGAAGAGGAGAAAUCGUGCGCUGCAAUUGAUAAUAGCAGCAACUGUGUAGUUGUUAUUGGGUGGGAUGCAAAGAGGGCUUUGAUUGGAGCAGGGGCUCGGGCCUUGUUUUAUCCGACUUUAUUCUAUAAUCUUGUUAGGAACAAGAUUCAGGCUGAGUUCCGCUGGUGGGAUAGGAUCGAUGAGUUUAUAUUGUUAGGCGCCGUUCCUUUCCCUACAGAUGUUCCAUGCCUCAAGGAGCUCGGUGUUCGUGGGGUGAUCACAUUGAAUGAGCCAUAUGAGACCUUGGUUCCAACAUCUCUAUAUCACGCUCACAACAUUGACCAUCUAGUCAUACCUACAAGAGAUUACUGCUUUGCACCAUCCUUCAGCGAUAUUUGCCUUGCUGUGGAUUUCAUUCGUGAGAACGAAUUGCAAGGAUGGACUACAUAUGUCCAUUGUAAGGCUGGUCGGGGGCGGAGCACAACCAUUGUUAUUUGUUACCUGGUGCAACACAAGCAUAUGACACCUGAUGCUGCAUAUGAUUAUGUGAGAUCAAUCAGGCCUAGGGUGCUUCUAGCAUCUGCUCAAUGGCAGGCUGUGCAGGAGUACUAUAAUCUGAAGGUGAGAAGCUGUGCCUCCAUUAACAGAACUGAUCUCGUCCUGAGAACUCCAAGGCCAGCACAUUCACAGGAUGCUGUGGCUUUUGAUGAUGGUUCCGUAGUUCUUGUUACAGAAGAAGAUCUUGAUGGUUAUGAUCCAAAUCUUGAAUCAGGGGCUGUGAGAAGAGAAAUAUGGGCUGAUUUAAGUGUGGUCUAUCGAGUUCGGGUUGCUGGUGAGGCUGCUUUGGCAAGAAUCUCCUGUAUGUGGUUAAGCUGCCAGCCACACCAAAAGAUUUUGGGAAAGCAACUGAGUACCAAGAACAGCCACUCAAUGAGCGCCAAUCAUUUGGGAGGUAUUAGUGUAGAAAUCCAUGUCUAUUAAGAGGCUGCAGAAGUUGCAUAUAAGUUGUUCAGACAAGUUUCUUUCCUCUUCAAACCGUACAUAAAUGAAAAAUAAUGUUUAAUAGUGCCAAAACUCGGUUUUCACUACCCAUUGUAAAUUGAGUUCUCUAUGUUGAAUCAUAAGUGUAAGAAACGACGACAGCCCAUCUAAUAUUUGGUGCUUUCAUAAGUACUUUGUUUCGCA